AUGGAGCUCCGUCCACUCCGUGUGAUGAUCUUGCUUAUUUCACUUAUCCGAGUCGGACAAGCUCAAGAAUUUAAGUUGUUUACAUUGACAGUGUGUGUUUGCUUUUUGACUUUUUCACCAGUUCUGUCUGUGGAGCCGAAUUCACCUCAAAUAUUCAGAGGAGAGACGGUUACACUCACAUGUAGGUUGUUAGGAUGGCGUGGACCGUACUACUGGAACAAAGAUGGUGUUAAUGUUCACAGUUCUGCUGAAAAUUACUACACUAUAAAUGUAGAUCAGAGUCACAAAUACAGAUGUUAUGUGUCUAUUGAUGGAUGGUCAACAACAUGGAGUAAUGAAGUCACUCUCUCAGUGAUAGCGCUCCCAAAACCUGUGGUGUCCAUAAAUCCUGAUGAACAGGUGUACAGAGGAGAGACUGUCACUCUCAGAUGUGACCUACAGGAUGAAGAGGACUCUGACUGGAUCUACAGCUGGAAUAAAGAUGGUUCUGGUGUCAGUAGUGAACAGGAGUACAGAAUCAGUAGUGCUGAAACAUCUCAUGCAGGUAAAUACACCUGUAGAGGAAGAGAGAGAGGAGGCUCACACUCCUCACACACCAGUGAUGCUGUUACACUGACUGUAUCAGAAAAACCUAAACCUGAACUCACACCAAGUCGUGAAGGAGCUGUACUGAAAGGAAACUCAGUGACUCUGUCCUGUACACUGAAGCUGCAGUCUGCUGCAUGGAGGUUUUACUGGAUCAAACCCACACAGAGCACUGAGACUGAAACAGAGUACUACAACAUCAGCUCCGUUAGAGUCUCUGAUGGAGGUCAGUACAGGUGCAGAGCUGGAAGAGGAAACCCAGUCUACUACACACACUACAGUGAUGCAUUCUGGGUAAAUGUUACUGAUGGAAAAGCUCCACUGUCGGUACUGAAGCUCCUCAGCAGUGCAGUAGCGGCCUCUCCGUAUGUGCUGGUGACCAUCAUUCUGGCAGUGAAAUGUUACAGAGCUCGAACUGACCCUGAUGAGGACAACAGACCAUACAGAGUGAUAGAAGCUGAAGCGUCUGUCUGAGUCUCAGGUGUUUACAUUAUUUUUUAUCAUCUAGCUUUUAUAUAACAGCAGCUCCCCGUGCAACAGAGUACGUUGCAUUUAGCCC